AUGACAUUGUAUCUCAGAAAAUUCAACACAUUCCGUCCAAUCUCAACCUUGUUUCUUCGGUUUUCUCAUGCUCGCCCUUCCGCUCCAACUCAAUUUCAAUCACCUCAGAAUGAGGAUCUUGAUUCUUUCAAGAAUCUACCGGUUAAGUCUUCUUCUCCACGCAUAAUCGAGUUCAACAAUCGAUUACACUCUCUGGUCAUGCAAAAGAACUUUGACAGUGUUGUAACCCAUUAUAGGUCGAUGGAACUUAACAACAUGAAGCCAAACUUUCAUACAAUCAACAUUCUUCUAAAUUGUUUCGCUCAAGCAAAGAAGGCUAAUCUUGCAUUUUCGAUGUUCGCGAAGUUACUGAAACUGGGUUAUGAACCCAAUAUUAUCACUUUUAACAGUCUUCUUAAAGCUAUGUGUUUUAAUGGUGAGGUUCAAAUGGCGUUAGAUCUUCAUGAUAAAUUGAAGAAAGCUGGAGUUCCCCUAACCAUUGUCAGUUAUGGGACACUGAUUAGUGGUCUUUGCAAGAUCAACCGUCAUGAUGCUGCUAUGCUGGUUCUUAAGAAAAUGAAGGUAUGUGUUCCUCCUGAUGCAAUUAUAUAUAAGACUAUAAUUGACUGUCUCUGUAAGGAUUCAAAGGUAGAGACUGCUCUGGAGUUGUAUACUGAGAUGAUUGAAAGUGGAAUUUUUCCAGAUGUUUUCACUUACACAACUUUGAUUCAUGGCCUUUGCAUUUCGGACAAUUUUAAGGCCGCAUUUGAAUUCUUUAAAGAAAUGGUCUCGAACGAAAUCAACCCCACUGUUUAUACUUAUAGUGCACUAAUGGCUUAUCUAUGCAAAAGGAAGAGGGUAAGAGAAUCUAAAGCAUUGCUUAACACAAUGAUCAAAGAUGGACUUGAGCCUGAUCUUGCUAUUUUUAACACGCUAAUGGAAGGGCAUUGCUCACUUCAUCAAAUGCAAAAGGCUAAAAGAAUAUUCUACUCAUUGCCUCAAAGAGGAAUUACUCCGGACAUAUACAGCUACAAUAUUCUUUUCAAAGGACUUUUAAGCCAGGGACUUAAUAUUCCAGAAGAAACUCUUCCAUUGUUUGAAGAUAUGAAAUCAAAAAAGGUAAGCCCUGACCUCAUUACAUAUAACACUAUUAUUCAUGGCAUGUGUAAUUUUUCGAGGAUGGACUGUGCUUGGGAUUUUAUUGGUGAGAUGGUUGAUAAGGGCAUACAGCCCGAUGCAGCAACCUACAAUCCAUUACUGAAGGCCCUCUGUAGAGAGAAAAAAAUUGAUGAAGCUAUUGCUUUAACAAAUAGAAUCAGUGGCCAGGGCAUCCAGCUAGAUGCAUACACAUUCACAAUCCUUAUCGAUGCCUUUUGGAAAUCAGGAAGAUUUGAAGCUGCACAGGCCACUUUUUGGGAUGCUUUCAAAAAAGGGUAUGAUCUCACUUUGGCUGUCUUUCAUGUUAUGCUUAAGGGGCUCUGCGAAAAUCAUAUGUUUGAUGAAGCAAUAAAGAUACUGUCAAAAAUGAAAAAAAAAGGUUGUACCCCCAACAAGGCAAUCUAUGAAGUAAUCGUGUAUGCUCUUUUUGAAAACGAUGAGAUUGAAAAGGCUACAAAACUUGUGUAUGAAAUGAGCCGUAUGGGGUUCCUCUAG